UGGAGGGGCCUAAAACCCAAGGAGGGCACUGGUAGGUGCUGGUGUGGAAGUGAGCAUUCGAGGCCUGCCCUUCACUUCAUCCUCACCCAUCGGGCCUUUCUGUAGACAUGCUCUUUCCACCCCCCACUGAGGCCUGGCUCCAGAGGUUUUCCUCGGACCCCGAGGCCCAAGGCUGGGGGGUCUGGAGCUGGACCGAGAAGACCCCUCUGAAGCCAGAGGGUGGGAAAGUGGAGGACGAUGAGGAAGAUACAGGCUUCCCCCCGUUUCUAUUGGACAGGGAGGACCUGUCUGAGGACCUGGCUGAGUACUCAGUACCGGACCAGGAGCUGGAGGCCAUCAAACUGAAGCUGUGGGCCAUGGAGCAGGCCCAGGGGCCAGAGCUGCCCAGGGCGCAGGGCCAGGCCGGAAAAGAGGAGGCAGCUAGGUCUGUGCUGGCCCAGCAGCGACUGAGUCCUGAGACAGGCUGCCCAGAGCCCGGCCCACCCCUGCCCUGCUCUGGGGUCCCUGAGAAGGUGGGAAUGGGCCACAGAUCCAUCUAUGUGAGCAACGUGGACUAUGGGGUCACUGCUGGGGAGCUGGAGGCCUACUUCAACAUCUGUGGGGAGGUCCAGCAGGUCACCAUCCUGUGCAACAAGUUUUCUGGACACCCCAAAGGCUAUGCCUACAUCGAGUUUGCUACUGAGAGCUCAGCCCAGGCUGCUGUGGGGCUGGACAAGAGCAUCUUCCAGGGCCGGGUCAUCAAGGUGUGUGAGCCCCAUGAGUCACCAGGGCAUCUUGAGGUGGGGGCACUGGGGUGCAUGGACUCGCUCUGAGCUUCUCUACAUUAAGCCAUUAACCCCUGAGGUGCCAGGAAUGCAGGCAGAGGGAGGCUGACACACAGAGAGGUUGACACACUGCCCAACCUGACCCUUCUCCAUCUCCCAGCAUCUCUUGGCACACCUGCUGGGCAGCAGGAAAGGGGUGGAGGCACCCCAGACCCCAAAGGGUUUGUCUUGCAUGUGGCACUGGGGACGCACCCCUCCCAAACUGGAUCUCACCUCAUGAAGGGAGAGAUGUUGGCUCAACCGGGACACAUCAAGUGGCCACAGCUGUGUCCGGACAGUUUAGAACUAAGUGGGGAUCUUGAGAAAGUGGUGAACAAGAAUAGGGUCUGAUGCCUUGGGAGGAGCCGUGCCUAGAUGCCACGAGGGUCUGGUGGGCUCUGGGGCCUGUGCACACCACCUGUGAGCUUCCAGCAAAGAAACCCAGGCAGCCCCAAGGAUCACUGGCAGCCACCAGAAGCUGGAGAGGAGCCUGGAACGGAUCCUCCCUCAGAAUGGCCAGAAGGACCCACUCUGCUGACACCUUGACUUGACUCUGGCCUCCAGAACUGUGAGAGUACAUUUCUAUUGUUUGAAGUCCCUUCCCGCUCCAGUGAAAAGGUGGGUGGAAGGUCUGAGUGUCAGGGACCGUGCCAAGGUCACCCAGCAGCUCAGGGCAGAGCCAGGCUUGGUCGAGGAAUUUCUGAGCGUGGUCAGGACCAUGCGCAGUGGGGCCGCAGGUGAGGCAUGCCACCAGAUGUGGUUCCCGAGCUGCAGAUUAUGUAGCACCUGGCAGAUGACACCAGUUCCUGCCAGCUUAGGCCUCAGCAAGGGGAGUCUGCAUUGGUCUUGAUACACUCAUCAUGCGUGUUGGCUUUUCUGUUAAGGUCCUGCUGACAGUCUUCUACCCCAAGCAGUUCCUCUUUAGAUGCAUUUUCUUGAUCCUUUCUGUGUGGCCACUGCGAGGACAGAGUGAGCCCAGGAGUCCCUCCUUUCCUGUGGACUGCAGGCCUGAGCAGGCUAAGGUGGAAGAAGGAUGGAAAGCACUCCUGGACGUGGCUGCCAUGGGCUCUGAGCAGUGAGUCACUGAGCAGACUGGAGUGGCUAUGCCUGGACAAAGCCCAGACACACGGUUCCCCUUGCCCCUGUCUGGUCUGGGCCAGAAGGACGGAAAGGGAGAGGCACUGACGCCCGAGGGAAGACUGACUGCUGGCAGUGAACUUCAGCUGAAGAAAUCAUCUGGAACAACAGCCAAGGGCUGGCUAGGACCUGCAACCGAGAGACUCAGCCCUGGGGUGGCAGAGGAAAGCCAGGCAGGUGGCU